UUCAUCAAGUUGAUUCUUGAAGUUCGCUCAUCAAGCAGCAUUUUCAUUUUUCGAGCUCAUGCCCAUGUUUUUAUGUGAUUUGUGCUUGAUGGGAAAUAAUUGUUUCUUGCUCGCAACGUGAUCAAUACUACUGUGAAGUUUCAAGCCCAUUAGUUUUCGCAAAGUUUAAGAGAUUAUCGCGUCAUUCAGUUUGCUGUUACUUAGAGCUUUUGACUGUUGUCAUGGCUCACCAUUACAUCGUGACUGCUCACAAACCGACAGCCGUUUCUGCAUGCGUCGCCGGUAAUUUCACAGGACCGGAUGACUUGAAUUUGAUAUUGGCGAAAAGCAACCGAAUUGAAAUUUAUCUUGUCACUCCUGAAGGCUUGAGAGCAAUCAAAGAAAUAUGUCUCUACGGCAAAAUAGCUGUCAUGAAAUCAUUUCGACCUCCACACGAGUCCAAGGAUCUCCUCUUCAUCGUAACAAUUCGGUACAAUGCCAUGAUCCUAGAAUGCAAAGGUGAAGGCGAAGCAUUGGAAAUAAUCACCAAAGCACAUGGGAAUGUAUCGGAUAGAAUUGGCAAAGCAUCUGAAAAUGGAAUAGUAGCUGUGAUAGAUCCUGAAGCCAGGGUAAUUGGAUUGAGAUUGUAUGACGGGCUCUUCAAGAUCAUUCCCCUGGAUAAAGAUAAUUCUGAGCUCAAAGCCUCAAGUAUCAGAAUGGAAGAAUUGGAGGUUCAGGAUGUUGGCUUUUUGCAUGGAUGUCAAAAUCCUACAAUAAUCCUUGUCCAUCAAGAUUUAAAUGGAAGACACGUAAAAACUCACGAAAUCUCUUUGAAAGACAAAGAGUUCAUGAAGGUUCCUUGGAAACAAGACAACAUCGAAACAGAAGCAUCAAUCGUUAUUCCUGUUCCAGAACCUUUAUGUGGUGCCAUCAUAAUUGGCCAAGAAUCUAUACUGUACCAUAAUGGAACUACUUAUGUUGCAGUUGCUCCUCCUGUGAUAAAACAAAGUACAAUUACCUGCUACACGCAAGUUGACAAGCAAGGGUCCAGAUAUCUUCUAGGAGAUAUGGCAGGUCAUCUUUUCAUGCUUUUGUUGGAGAAAGAAGAGAAAAUGGAUGGCUCCCUCUCUGUGAAAGAUCCCAAAGUUGAACUGCUUGGUGAAAUAAGUAUACCAGAAUCCAUCACUUACUUGGAUAACGGAGUCUUCUUCAUUGGUUCGCGGUUAGGCGACUCCCAGCUUGUCAAGCUAACGAAGACCCAAGAUGAAAAUGGCUCUUAUGUUCAAGUCAUGGAAACAUUCACAAAUCUUGCUCCUAUUGUAGAUAUGGUUGUCGUUGAUCUGGACAAGCAGGGUCAAGGACAGCUAGUCACAUGCUCAGGAGCUUUCAAAGAAGGAUCCUUGCGCAUCAUUAGAAAUGGAAUUGGUAUUCAAGAACAUGCGUCUAUUGAUCUGUCUGAAAUCAAGGGUAUUUGGGCAAUCAGUAUCGAUACCUUUAGUAAAUUGGACAAUGCUCUCAUUUUAUCAUUCGUUGGUCAUACAAGAGUGUUAAUGUUGAAUGGUGAAGAGGUGGAGGAGACAGAUCUCCCAGGCUUCCUAUCCGAUGAUCGUACUUUUUACUGUGGUAACGCAUGUGAUGAUCAAAUCAUUCAAGUGACUCCUCAGUCUACCAGAGUUAUCUCCAUUGCUUCGAAACAGAUGUUAAGUGAAUGGAAAGUUCCGAAUGACAAGAAAGUAAGUGUUGCGGCAUGCCAUAAGAACCAGGUCCUCUGCGCAACUGGUAACGAUCUGUAUUAUCUGGAAUUAAUAAUGGGAGAACUCGUCCAAAAAGGUCAUGUCACCCUAGAACAUGAGGUUGCCUGCUUGGAUAUAUCCGUCCUGUCUGAUGAUGAUGAGAAAGCUGAACUUGGAGCUGUAGGUCUCUGGACUGAUAUUUCUGCCAGAGUUGUCAGACUGCCUUCCUUGGAAACUUUAUGCAAGGAAAAUUUGGGCGGAGAAAUAAUGCCUCGAUCGAUACUCAUGGCAACUUUUGAUAGUAUGUCUUACCUCCUCUGUGCCCUUGGAGAUGGAUCUAUGUUCUAUUUUAAUCUAAACAAGUCGACUGGUCAACUGUCAGAGAAAAAGAAAGUAACUCUAGGAACUCAACCCAUUGUGUUAAAGACGUUCAAAUCCUUAUCAUUAAACAAUGUAUUUGCAUGCUCAGAUAGACCUACAGUCAUCUACUCCUCAAAUCACAAGCUCGUCUUUUCAAAUGUUAACCUGAAGGAAGUAAAUUAUAUGUGCUCGCUGAACUCAGAGGCAUACCCUGACAGUUUAGCUUUGGCAACAGAUAGCACUGUCACAAUAGGUACCAUUGAUGAAAUUCAAAAACUUCACAUUCGCACAGUUCCUCUGGGAGAAUCACCCCGCCGAAUAGCCCAUCAAGAAAGUUCACAGACUUUUGGUGUGCUAACAAUGAGACUAGAUUUACAAGAAUCCACAGGACUAGUACCGGCAAGACCAUCUGCUAGCACUCAAGCACAGAAUUUCUCAUCCUCACAUCCUGGUUCACUUUCCCUAAUCAAACCUGGGUCAAACAAUACACCAGCUGAAAUUGGCGCAGAAAUUGAAGUACAUAAUUUACUUAUCAUAGAUCAACAUACGUUUGAAGUUUUACACGCUUACUCGCUGAUGACCAACGAAUACGCCUUAAGUCUUUUAUCAACAAAAUUAGGAGAUGACCCCAACACUUAUUACGUAGUAGGAACUGCUCUUGUAAACCCUGAAGAAAGUGAGCCAAAACAAGGUCGUAUCCUGAUUUUCCAUUUCGAUGAUGGCAAACUUACUCAGGUUACUGAAAAGGAAGUCAAAGGAGCUUGCUACAGUUUGGCGGAGUUCAACGGAAAGCUAUUAGUCAGUCUGAACAGCACUGUACGGCUUUUUGAAUGGACAGCAGAAAAAGAACUUAGACUUGAGUGCAGUCACUUCAACAAUAUUAUUGCUCUUUAUUUGAAAACAAAAGGAGAUUUCAUUCUUGUUGGCGACCUAAUGAGGUCAAUGACUCUCAUUCAGUACAAAACAAUGGAAGGAAGCUUCGAGGAGUGCUGCCACCACAGAUGAAGAAAGACAACUAAUGCAUGGAGUUGGGCAGAUACACUUAGGUGAAAUGGUCAAUGUAUUUAAACAUGGAUCAUUAGUAAUGCAACACGUUAGUGACACAUCUACUCCAACACAAGGAUGUGUUCUUUUCGGCACAACCAGUGGAUCUAUUGGUCUUGUUACACAAAUCUCACCAGAUUUGUACAACCUACUCCUAAAUCUGCAAAAUGCACUAACCAAGGUAAUCAAGUCAGUUGGGAAGAUUGAGCACAGUUUUUGGAGAAGUUUUCACACUGAUGUUAAGACGGAACUAUGCGAAGGUUUUAUAGAUGGAGAACUUGUUGAGAGCUUCCUAGAUCUCCCAUUAAAGGACAUGAAAAGUGUAGCAUCUCUUGUUCAGAUUGACAGUGGAAAUGGAAUGAAACAAGAAGCCUCUGUGGAUGAGCUUGUCAAAAUCGUCGAAGACCUAACCAGGAUUCAUUGAGAUUGUGAUAAGUCACUGUUCUCUGUUAACCUUUAUUUUACUUGAAACUAAUUUUACUCUGUCAACUCCUAACCAUUGGUAAAGUUAAUACUUAUAUUAAGUAUUCAGUCUUGUAAAAAUCACUAUUGUAUAUUUUCAUAAUUGCUGAUAAAAGAUGCUUUUGAUAAGUGAAGUUAGAUAAACUUGUAAGAAGAACUUAACAGUGGAUUCAAUUAGUAUGACUAAUUGUGUUUUAAGUCAUGUAAACGUUUUCUAUUCACAGGUUCUUCCUUGCAGGAUAUGGAACAAAUUUUAUUCACUCAGAGCUUCUUUUUUAACUUCUGUUUUUAUAUACAUAUUCCAAAGAAUGGGGAUUUUUAACUUCCAUUCUUACUGAAGAAUACACGUCUUUCUAAACAAGAGAGCCUUUUUGAGUCAAAUCUCACAACCUAGGAAUCUUUUAUGACGAUAACAAGAUCCAUUUAAUGAAUAUCAGAUUAUUUUUCUUCCUCUCAAGUAAACCGUUUGUAAAUAAUUUUAAGGUGUGUUCUUCCUGAAGAGUAGAACUUCCUCAUAUUAAAAUCCGUAUAUUUUCCACCAGAUGUGUGUAAGUUUGUAGUCUUUGAACUGGACAAAAAUUUUGUCGGUUGCUGAAGGUUGCAAGUUAGGUUGAAAUAACCUUCAAAUCUACUGGAAAAUUCUCAAUUUAAGCUGCAUGCAAGUCAGGUGAAAAAAAAAAAAUAAAAAAUUAAUUUGAAAGGUCUGAUCUGAAAUUCAAGUUGCUGGUUCAUUGCUCUCCAUAAACUCUUAAUGGUGUGAACAAAUGAUUCAGAAAUCAAUUGAUGAUAGUAAACUUUCUUGCAUCUGCCUCAAAUGAAAGUUUAAUGCUCUCAAAAUGUAGACCCUGGCGUUUUUUAAAGUAUGGGAGGUCUAAUCUAAAAAAUCAUCAAAAUGUGUACGUUCUUUGAAAGCUUUUGUGUUAUUGUUGACUAUCUUUAUUUUUUUUUCAGUUUUUCCUAGAAAAAUCCGUGAUUCCCCGAGUUGUACAUUCAGGGAUUUUAGAAGGGAUUUCUAUCCAAGAUCCAUAUGUUCUAGAUUUCCGUUCUCAAUAAUAAGACCAAUCGUGAGUUAUUACCUUUAAAACCUUAUUCAAAUCAUAUUGUUCAGUUCUCCGUUUGUACCACCAUUUAAAUCCAGAUGUAAAAAUUGAUGACUCAAAUAUUAUGUCUUAGAAAGACAUGUAAGAAAAAUAAAUAAAACUCUGAAAUAUUA